CGGCGGCGAGCGCGGCUGGCGGGGCGGCGGAGAGAGUGGCACGGAGUUGGUGAGGAUCUCCCUGAGGGAGAGCGAGAGACGCGGCCCGGGACGGGGUGUGUCCGCGUUGUGUGUGUUCCCUUCUUCAUGGGAAAAGCUUAGAACGGCAGUUCUGCCAUUUGUUCUUCUUCCCAAUUAACUUUGCAUCUGAUAUAAUUUAUAUCCUUCCCAUUUGAUGACAACUUUAUGGGGAGAUCAGUGCUGCGAUAUAACUUUUGUGCUAUAAUCCUCUGAUGGACAUGGAGCCAUAUUUUGCUGGGUUUAAGCACGUGCAGCCGGACUACGAAGUCACUCUUGAACUCACGAGUGAGGAGACUCAAAAAACUAAAAGUGCACAGAAUUUGAGGACGGGGUCUUAUGGUGUCAGUAUUAGAGUCCAAGGAAUCGAUGGACAUCCUUACAUAGUACUAAACAAUACAGAAGGAUGUUUAUCAGAAAAUCCUCCUCCUUUUGGAAAAGAGCAGCAGGUCGUUUCUCAGACUGUAAACAAGCCAGCCACAGACUCCAUUACUGCUUCUAAGUUGGAGGAUAAAAUCAACGAACACACAAAAUUUACUGGAAUACAGCACAUGCAACCUUCCAUGCUUAAAAAACUGAAGAUAACCAAUGUAGAUGAAAAGGGAAGUGGAAUGUCAAAUCUUAAAGACGAAGCAAUGAAAUCCUCCAGUUUGUUGAACUUUCAAAGACAUCCUGAACUUUUACAGCCUUAUGAUCCUGAAAAAAAUAACUUGAACUUGGAUAAUUACCAAUCUUCUGUGUGCAGUAAAUCUAAGUCUUUUGCAGAUGAAAAAACUGAAGCAAAGCCUUGGGUUUCCUCCUCUAAAGUAGUGUCCCUACAGAAAACAAAUACGUACCAUGCAGAGCCAACCAAAGCAAGUUCAAAAAAGAUACAUUCGAAUAGGUCAGUAGAAGAUCAAAAUAAGCAGCUGUUGGACUGUCCCAGUAGCAAGAUCAGCCCCAGCGACGUGGGUGUUUCAGAGUCGUUUUCAUCUGCAGGAGGAUCCCCGUGUGUCAGUCCCACUUCUUAUCCAGAGACAAGAAAACCUAGACCAGACGUGCUUCCCUUCCGCAGGCAGGAUUCAACUGGGCUGGUCUUGGAUGACUCACGACGAUCGUCGUCCUCAUCGGCUACUCCCACUUCUGCAAAUUCCUUGUACAGGUUCUUGCUGGACGACCAGGAGUAUGCCAUCUAUGCAGACAAUGUCAAUCGGCACGAAAACAGGAGAUACAUUCCAUUUUUGCCGGGAACUGGUCGUGAUAUUGACACUGGGUCCCUUCCAGGAGUAGAUCAGCUAAUCGAAAAGUUUGAUAAGAAGGUCGAUCCUCACAGGAGAGGCAGGUCAGGAAAAAGGAAUAGAAUUCAUCCAGAUGAUCGUAAAAGAUCAAGAAGUGUUGAUAGUGCCUUGUCGUUAGGUCUUGAUGUAAAUUCAGAUUAUUUAGGUGAAUUCAAUAAAAGCUUGGGCAAGUCAACUGAGCACUUGCUGAGACCAUCUAAAGUUUGCCUUCGCAAGCAGUUAUCCAGGGAUCAGAAGUCGCUUUCCAAAGAGAUGAAGAUUUCUGCUCGAAGUGUUGGAAAACUGCAAAUGCCUGUUAAAGACACUGAGAGCAACAAUUUCAGCUCUUUGCAGCACCACAAACAAAAUGGAGCCGAUACUGAGAGCUCAGUGUGUAGGUCAUCUACACUCCCAGGGCAGAGUAAGAGGGAGGAAGGUAGAACAGUAACUUCCACUUUAUUGUUGCCAAACCGAAUCACAAUUUCCCCUGAUUCAGGGGCCAAGAAGAUUUCUGUAAGAACAUGUUCAUCUGUCCCUAAUAUUCAGGCAACUCCUGAUCUCUUAAAAGGCCAGCAAGACCUCGCACAGCAAACGAAUGAAGAGACUGCUAAACAGAUACUUUACAAUUACCUUAAGGAAGGAAGUCCUGAUAAUGAUGAUGCAACAAAGAGGAAAGUCAACUUAGUUUUUGAGAAAAUUCAGACUUUAAAGUCAAGAGCUGCUGGAAAGACACAGGUUUCGGAUUCUUCUGCUGAAGUAAAAGCAUUGGUUGAACAAAAAGCAGAACUUGAAAGGAAAGUGGAAGAAUUAGAGAAAAAACUGGAUCUGGAAAUUAGGAAUCAGCAGAAUUCCAAAGAAGAGAGAGAUGCUACACGAGCAAGCCUGAAAGAUCUUCAGCUGCAGCUUGAUGAAAGUGUACGUGAGAAGGAAGCCUUGAAAAAGCAGCUGGAGGAAAAUGAGAAGGACCUCAGGCAAAACCUGGAGGAGCUUUUUCAAGUGAAGAUGGAGCAGGAACAGCACCAGACUGAGAUCAGAGAUCUUCAGGACCAGCUCUCUGAGAUGCAUGAUGAACUGGAUAAUGCAAAACAUACUGAUCAAGGGGAGAAAGAGAUUCUGAUUGAGGAGCUGAUGCAAAUGAAGCAGGAUCUGCAAGAAGUACUAAUAGCAAAAGAUCAACAGGAAGAGAUCUUGAGAAAGAGAGAGAGAGAGCUUACAGCUUUAAAAGGAGCACUUAAAGAAGAAGUAUCCAGCCAUGACAUGGAGAUGGACAAAGUUAAGGAGCAACACGAUAAAGAAUUGCUCGAUCUACGGCAGAGCCUGGAGAAAGCAACAGAGAGUGCUGCUGUCCUUGAAGGUGAAAGAAAUGCUGCACAAGAGGAGAGAAAUAGUAUAGAAAAUCGAGUCAAGGAGCUGACUGAGGAAAACGAGCAGUUGAAGAGAAAAGUUACUGAGUUAGAGAGUAAAAUUGAGGAGUUGCACAAACAAAUUGAUAAUAUCAAAGGAGAAGAAAAUUUAGCGAAGGAAAAAUUAAAGACAUAUGAGGAGGAGAAGAAACAAUUGGAAGAAGCUUUGAAAUGCGCUGAGAAGGAGGCGAAAGAAUUGGUAGCGUUAAAAUUGGCUUUGGAAAGCCAACUAGAAGAUAUGCAGGAGAACACCCGUUGUAUUUCACAGGAAAGGCAACAGUUAACUCAGCAAUUAAAGGAUGAAACUCAGCAGAAGGAACAGUUAAAGCAGAUAAAGACUGAAAUGGAGAAUGAACGAUGGCAACUAAACAAGACUGUUGAGAAGUUACAGGAGGAGAUGUCUGAAAUGGUAGAGAUCUCAAGAACAUCAGCUCUGGAGCUUCAGAGCCAGCUUGAUGAAUACAAGGAGAAAAAUCGCAGGGAAUUUGCAGAUCUGCAGAGGCAAUUAAAGGAGAAGAACCUGGAGGUAGAAAAAUCACGCCUGAUGACCAUAAGGAUGCAAGAUGAGAUGCGUCUUAUGGAAGAAAACUUGAGGGACCACCAGAGAGCUCAGGAUGAGGCAAUAACAAAAACUCAGUUGCUGGAACAGACUGUGAAGAGCUUGGAGUAUGAACUGGAAGCCAAAAACCACUUAAAAGACGAUCGGGCAAGACAAAUCAAACUAAUGGAGGACAAGUUGUCUAACCUGGAACUUGAGCUUGAUGAAGAAAAGACUAAUUCAGAUUUGUUGUCUGAGAGGAUCAGCAGAUGCAGAGAACAGAUUGAACAAAUGAGGACAGAGCUGCUUCAGGAAAGAGCUAUAAAGCAAGACUUGGAGUGUGACAAAAUUUCGUUGGAAAGACAGAACAAAGACCUGAAGAGCCGAAUCCUUCACCUGGAGGGUUCUUACCGGUCCAGUAAAGAGGGACUUGUUGCUCAAAUGGAAGCAAGGAUCACAGAGCUGGAAGAGCGACUUGCAAAUGAAGAAAGGGAUAGAGCGAAUUUCCAACUAAGUAACCGCAGACUUGAGAGAAAAGUGAAGGAGUUAAUGUUGCAAGUAGAUGAUGAACAUCUGUCACUGACUGAUCAGAAGGACCAGUUGAGUUUGCGUUUGAAAGCAAUGAAACGUCAGGUGGAAGAAGCUGAAGAAGAAAUCGACAGAUUGGAGAGCACGAAAAAGAAACUUCAGAGAGAACUUGAAGAGCAACUCGACAUAAAUGAACAGUUGCAAGGACAGCUUAACACUGCAAAGAAAGAGUUAAGUAGACUGAAGAAGUCACCAAGUAAAGUGUUGGCUGAUUCUGAUGAUGAUGACGACGACGAUGACGAUGAUUUCAGCACAGAUGGUGACAGUCUCUGUGAAGUACCUUCAGGAAAUAACUUUUCAAAAGAUGAUGACACAAAAAUCUAAAUAAUUAAUGAUGUGAUUCCUUGAAAGUACUGGAAGAAUAACAUAAAUUAUCAAGAAACUGGAUGUUCUAGAAGCCAAAUGACAUAAAGGGAUAUAAAAGAGUUGGGAAUAUAAUGUUUCCAUCCAUACUGUGCCAUUUUCUUAUUUAGAUCUCCACUGUUUAUUAUAGGAUUGCUUUAUAAAACAGCUAUAAAACACAAGAUGUAUAUAGCAGCUACUGAAAACACAGGGAUAAUGUUUCAUAUUGGAAAUGGGAUUUUGCUAAAAUUCUGUUUAAGUAAAAAGCCAUUUGAAAGUAAUUCAAAAUUAGUUUUUAGUUAUUAAAAGCUUUUCCCUAAAAUUAAGGAAACCACAGAAGAUUAUUUAAUAAUUGUAAGUAGGGGGAAAUGAUGUAUAAAAUGUAAAUAUUUUAAACUUGAUCUUUUUAUUGACUACUUUAGUACUAUUUUGUAAAGUUUCUAAUAUUAUAUAAAUCAGUUUGAUAUGUAAAGUCCUUAAAUUUAUAUUGAAUGCUAUAUUUGAGUUCUCAGUAAGAGGAAAACAAAUGAAAAUGAAUACUUUUUGUGCAUUACAGAGCAGAUUCACAGUUCCUGGGCCAGGAAGUACAUUUUAAAAACCAGUGGAAGUUUUAUUGUAUGUUCUGUAUGUUAGAGGUCAAAUGUUAAUCCUGCCUGUUGACUUUAAAAGGACCAGCACGUCUGCAUGAUGAGAGAGGCCUGCCUACAACUUCCUCAUCCACUUCAGUUGGGAAGCUUUCUGUUCUUCGUAGGGAAGGGUGAGAAUGAUGGCAGUUAUUACUUGGUAUCUUUCAUUUCCUGAAAGGAAGUCAGUCCUACCAGAGGCAGAAUGUUAAAUCAGCAGCCUGCUGAUUUGAGGACAUUGGGACAGUCUUAUCUUCAAGUUUUUAAAGAGUCCCCCUUGUUUCAGUAAAAUUCGUUGUGGUCUUUGAAUUAAAUACAUGUUUAAAUCUGUUCAGUAAUUGAUACCAAAAUUUUAUGCUUGCUUGCAAGAAAUUGCACCAGGGAAACACAAAACAUGUAACCUGAUUUUUAUUGAGCAUCUGUUUGUGAUAUAUUGCAGUGUGUGGUCAUAUUUGCAGAUAUAUAUUAGUAUUUCAGUUUACAGAAGUAUUUUGGGCGAUCCAUCUAUUCAACAAACUUUGUGGGAAUUUUAAAAGAAAGAGCAUUGAAGAUUUUAUUUUAUAAACAUUUUCCAUUUUGUUGCUAAAAAUAUUUUUUUGCCACUUAUAUCACACUAGACUGGUUUUGCUCCUUUGCAAAUCUAGGAUUCUAUGGAAGGGGCACUACUACAAUAGUUAGGUCUUGUCCAUUUUUUAGUAUUUGUCCCCAGUUACAGGUUAGUGAGCACUUCUUCACUCAUUCAGUCAAGAAAUAGUGUAAUUGUAAAAAAUACUUUGAACUGAAGUCGCUGGGAGCCUCCAGUAUUCCCACAAAGGAAUCCACUGAAGAGAGCAAAUUUAACAGCUCUGAAAGUGAGGCUGAUAGACUGGGUUAGGGCAAAACUCCUGACAAUGGCAGGAUCCCUUUUCAUGCAGUUACGUGGAAGGAAGCUCCUGCCUGCGGGAAAUAUAUUCGUGCAUAGCAGAUCACAGACUCUUUUGCCAUGGAAUUCCCUUCAACUUGAGUUUGAUCAUUUGAAUUAUAUGGGAAAUAAUAUGAAUGGCAUAGUUGUAAUACUGUCUCUGUAUUUUGUAUGUGUUCAAGUAGCAAACAACGUGUAUUUUUUGCAGUAGCUUUACUGUUUUGACAACACUGAAACAGCCUUUUGUCCAAGGAGACCUGCACUACACUGUACUGACAAUCAUCAGAGAACGUCCUGUGAUUUAUAUGUUGUUGUUUCAUUUGCAUGUUUAUGUAGACUUACCUUUAAACAACUGAUUCCAACCCCCAGAACUUUAUCCUACAAUGUUCAUAGAUGACUCUUAUUUCAAACCACUGGAAGAAAAUCACUUAAUAUUGCAUCUACCUCCAGUUACACUAAACUGUAAACUAAAAUUCACUUAAAAUAAACAGUCAGCUCUCUCA